GUAUAUUAGGCUUCAUCUCGCAGUCCACUGGCCGCGGGAUACCCACCCAUCGCAACCAUGCCCAGCUUCACCAGCAGCUCGUCCCAGCGGAGGACCUCCAGCCGAGUGGUGCCCAGCUUCUCCAGCAGAUCCGUCCAGAGCAGCUCAUGGAGCAAGGGCCCCUCCAGCAGGAGCUCCGCCGCCCUCCUGGCGAGCGCCGGCACUUUACUGUCCGGCGGGGGGGUGAGCGGCUCCGGGAGCGAGAAGGAGACCAUGCAGGGUCUAAACUCUCGGCUGGCCAUCUACCUGGAGAAGGUCCGCUCCCUGGAGACCAGUAACCGUGACCUGGAGCUCAAGAUCAAAGCCUUGCUCGAGGAGAGAAAACCCGUUGAUAGAGACAUUAAGCCCAUGUUAGCCCAGGCACAUGCUCUCAAUAAGCAGAUCCAGGAUCUCACCAUGAACAACGCCGUAAUUAUGCUCCAAAUGGACAACGCAGGAUUGAGUGCCGAGGACUUUAGAAUGAAGAUGGAGUCUGAAGCUUUAGUUCGGCAAAGCGUGGAGAGCGAUAUCGAGCGUCUGAGACGCGUCAAGGAGGAAUACGAUCACAACGCGAUCACCCUGAGGAGUGAAGGGGAGAUGAUGACCGAGGAGCUUCUCUUCCUGAAAAAGAACCACCAGGAGGAAGUGAAUACCCUCAGAUCACAGAUUACCAAUAAUCAAGUCACCGUGGAGAUGGACUGUGUGGAUGAACCCGAUCUUACUAAGCUUUUGGCAGAGAUCAGGAAAGAAUACGAGGACAUGAUACAAAAAAACAAGAUGGAAGCAGAACUCUGGUAUAAAAGCAAGUUGGAAACCAUCACCACUGAUGUAAAUCACACUAACAAAGAACUUGACAUAGCCAAGGAAGAACUUAAUAGUAAACGACAAGCAGUCCAAACACUGGAGAUGGAGCUGGACAUCAUUAGGAGACAGAACUUGGGGCUGGAAAAUAUAUUGUCAGACACUGAGCAAAGACACGAAAUGGAGUUCAAUAAGCUGCAAAUAACCAUCUCAAAAUUGGAAGGCGAUUUGGUCAACAUACGGAAUGAAAUGUUGCAGCACAAGGAAAGAUAUGAAACUCUUCUGAAAACCAAACUAACACUGGAGGCAGAGGUGGCAGAAUACCGGCGCUUGCUUAAUGGGGAAAUUAGCACAAAGGCUGUUCUUCCUCCUCCUCCUCGUCCACCCACUCCUCCUUCUGAAGUCACAACAAGGAAAAUUGUCAAAGUCAUCACAACAACACUGAUUGAUGGCAAGGUGGUUGAUGAAUCAAGUGAAGUUGAAGAGUUCAGUGAGAAGAAACACAUCUAAACAAAAUACUCAAAUGUACAAACUAUGGUCUUAUUAAAUAUUAUAAGGAAUGUUACUGGGAUGUAAUGGUAUUUGCAGCAAUGAACUGUUCAAAUACUUUAUACAAGGUUAUUAUAACUUUCUACUUUAUCUAUUGUAUCCAAUGACAUUAUCUGCAAUAAAAGUUUAAACUUGUGUUCA